CUCGAUUCUUUGUCUCUGGUCCUUUCUUUGAUUUAUCUUCAUUCACCUGACCUUUAUUGUUUCGCCGUCUUAAUGCCUUACGGCGACUACGAGUACGAUACUGACCGCGCACAGCGUGAGAGGUCUCGAUCCCCUCGUCGUCGAUCUCGCAGUCCUCGACGCAGCCGCCGUUCGUAUUCGCCGCGCAGUCGAUCUCGCAGUCGCGACCGCGACGAUUACCGCCGUAGCGAUCGCCGUUCUCGCUCUCCUAUGAGUGCUGCUCAAGGCCCAUCAGGAGGUCAUUCAGGCUCGGGAUACAGUGGACGCGGUGGUAGUUACCCGCCUCCACCCAGGUCAUUUGAGGAUCGAGCAGUCGCCAAAGAACAAAUGAUGCAAUCUGUGCGCGAAUCGUCCCAACAAGACCGUCGGGUCUAUGUUGGAAACCUUUCCUACGAUGUCAAGUGGCAUCAUCUAAAAGAUUUUAUGAGACAGGCUGGAGAUGUCAUCUUCGCCGACGUCUUGCUUCUUCCUAAUGGAAUGUCGAAGGGAUGCGGGAUUGUGGAAUACGCUACAAGGGAGCAAGCGCAAAAUGCCGUCAACACGCUCAGCAACCAGAAUCUCAUGAACCGCCUCGUUUACGUCCGCGAGGAUCGCGAGCCUGAACCUCGCUUCUCAGGUGGCCCUUCGCGUGGAGACUUUGGUGGCCCCGGCCGUGGUGGCUUCGGAGGCUAUGGCGGUGGUCCCGGUGGCGGUGGAAGACAGCUCUACGUCUCAAACCUCCCUUUCAACGUUGGCUGGCAAGAUUUGAAGGAUCUUUUCCGCCAAGCAGCCCAGCAAGGGACCGUGAUUCGUGCCGAUGUCCAUACCGACGCCUCUGGCCGCCCCAAGGGCUCUGGUAUUGUUGCCUUCGAGUCGCCGGACGAUGCCCGUAACGCUAUCCAACAGUUUAACGGCUAUGAUUGGCAAGGCCGUACCCUCGAGGUCCGUGAAGACCGGUUUGCCGGCUCAGGACCUGGCAUGGGCCGCGGUGGCUAUGGUGGCUUUGGCGGCCGUGGUGGCUUUGGUGGUCGUGGAGGUUUUGGCGGCCGUGGCGGCUUCGGCGGUGGCUUCGGCGGCCGUGGAGGUUUUGGCGGUGGUUAUGGCGGUCCUCCCAGCGGUCCUGGGUUUGACGCUGGGCCCUCGGUCCCCCCCAACCCAUUCACCGAUUAUGCUACCUCUGGUGGUGAGAAGAGUAACACUAUUUAUGUCCGCAAUCUACCCUGGUCCACAUGCAACGACGAUUUGGUUGACCUGUUCUCGACUAUCGGGAAGGUGGAGCGCGCCGAAAUCCAGUAUGAGCCUAACGGCCGCUCUCGUGGCACUGGUGUGGUACAGUUUGAUAACGCCGAUACGGCAGAGACUUCAAUCGCCAAGUUCACGGGUUAUCAGUAUGGCGGCCGCCCCCUUGGCAUCACCUUUGUCAAAUACUUGACCCCGGCCCAGGGUCCGGCCGACCCCAUGGAUGAUGCCCAACCUACCGGUGGACUUACCCAGGAUCAGAUCAUGUAAUACUAGCGUGUUUCCCUGCUUAGCUUCAAAGGAGCUUGAAAGGUUCAAAAUGUCUACAAUAUGCUACUCUGGCUUUGGGAAUUUUGACCAGUCAUCGCGAUCUGUUCUUGAACUGCUCCACCUGCUUGUUGUUGUUAUUUAUCCAUCUCACUAUGCUCAUUCAUUUCAUAAUGCUCGCUGUGUUCCGGGUCGACUAACUUGUGUGGUAACUGGGUUAUGUAUUUGCUUCCAUUGAUUAUUUGAUGUCAGCUGCCAGUAUACGUAACCUGCCAAGUUUCGGAAUCUCUCUCUA